GUUUCCCACCCAAAACACUCCAGUCGACGAUGUUGUCCAGUCUAGCAGUUGCUGUCGUUGCAGUUACCUGCCUUCUGCAAGACACGUCGGGGAUUAUCGUGAGCUACAGAUGCAGUAGAGGAAGUUUCUGGAGAAGGUACUACUCGACCUGCUACAGGAUUCAAGCACAAAACGGCGGCUGGUCGGGCUGGUCGCCGUGGAGAGAUAUGGAUGAGUGCAGUGUAUUGUGUGGGGGCGGGACCAAAGACCAGGACCACACCCGGUCAUGCACCAACCCCCGACCCACCCACGGCGGGUCCUACUGCCGGGGUGACUCCUAUCAGAACAGGACCAUAGCCUGCGGCACCAGCCUCUGUGGAAGUAGGUGUCCUAAAGGUAAAACCACCUUCAUCGCCCACGCUACCAACUCUGGACGUUUCUACCACUGCAGCAACAGUGUAGCAUUCUUACGCCACUGCGCACCUGGAACAUGGUUUGACCUUGCGCGACCCGGAUGUACCCAGCUGGCGACAACCCCCGACAGCACAUGCGCAGGGAAAGGCUACCGGAUGUUUGCUCAUGGCACCAACUGCAAGAAGUACUUUGAGUGCUCUCAUGGCGCUAAGGUGGAGAGAACGUGUCCAGGCAAAACAAAGUUCGACAGCAAACUCGGAAGAUGCGUCCAUGGAACGUGUUAGUAUUGACACAGACCGGAAAGCAGCGACAAUCAUAAAGUUUCAAAUAAAAUCUGCAAUCGUUA